AUGCCUCACGCCAUCACUAAGUCCCACAGCAGCGAGGCUGUUGCUUUCCACAAAUUCAACAUCCCAGACACUCUCAACCCGGGCCACGUCACAGUCAAAUUCCUCGCCGCGCCCAUCAACCCCCUCGACAUGCUCGUCCUGGCCGACCGCUACCCCGUCAAGCCCGCCCACCAUAUCAGCGGGAACGGGGUCCUGGGCUACGACGGCGUGGGCCAAGUGACGGCCGUCGCCGACGACGUAACCGGGCUCGCACCAGGCGACAUCGUGGUGCCAAGCCGGUUCGGGCUGGGGACGUGGCGCACGCACGCCGCGCUACCCGCAUCCGCCCUCCAGAAACUAUCAGAAGCACCCAAGGACAUGGCCUGCGCCGCCAUCCUCCGCAUCACCGUCGCGCCGGCCUACUGCCUCGUCGAGGACAUGGCGCCGCUGCGCCCGGGCGACUGGAUCGUCGUCAACGCCGGCACGUCGGCCGUCGCGCAGAUGGUCACGCAGUUCGCUGCCAUGCGCGGCGUGCGCGUCGCGCAGAUCGUGCGGGACCGGCCCGCCGCCGAGCUCGCCGCCGUCAAGAACGCGCUGCUGGGGCUGGGCGCGGGGCUAGUUUUAACCGAGUCAGAGCUGGAAACCGGGGACGGUCUCGCCCAGCUUCAGGCGCUGUCAGUGGCGCUCGCCCUCGAUUCCGUUUUCGGCAAGGCUGGACGGGCGCUGGUCAAGGCGCUGGCACCCGGCGGGACCUACGUGCAGCUGGGCUUCCUGGCUGGGCCCAAUGCCCAGCUCGCCCUGGAUGCGGCUGAUCUGUUCGCGCGGAACCUUACCAUGAAGGCGUUCCGCGGUACCGCUCAGCUGGGAUUGCGGUCGCCGGCGCAGCAGCGGGAGCUGUGCGAUUGGUUUGUUAGAUUGUUUAACCGGGGGGAUUUGAAGCUGCCGCCGCUGGGGCUGGAGCGCGUCGACUGGCAUGUAGCUGACGCUGGUGCUGCUGAGCGCAGUGCCAAGGCCGCUGUCGAGACUGCUCGUGCUGGGGCGUUGGGGCAGCGGAAGCAGGUUUUGGUUUUCAAGCAUUGA